AUGGGAAACAAAUAUCUUAAGAAGAAUAAUCAGGUGCUGGUACCAUGGAAACAAGGUUCAUUGCUGUGGAGGAAAAUGCUUGAAGCUAGAGAUCACAUGGAUCAUCACAUAUGGUGGCAAUUGAGGAUGGGUUCCUCAUUGUUUUGGUUUGACAAUUGGACUGGAGCAGGGCCAUUAUACUUUCUAACCUCACCUGAUUUUUAUUGCAAUGAAGAUAUUCAGAAUAGAGGGUGUACUGGAUACACCUUGGGGGUGCUAGAGUCAAAUGAAGAACUCACAGUUAAAUCUGCAUGGGAUCUUGUGAGGAGUAGGGGUCAGAAGCAGGAGGUGUAUAAUAAAAUAUGGGUCAAGGGGUUGCCUUUCAAAAUUGCUUUUACCAUGUGGAGAGUUUGGCAUCUAAAAGUACCAUUGGAUGAUGUGGUGAAGAGUUGGGUUUAUAAUCUCCCAUCAAAGUGUUUGUGCUGUCCUACUGAUCCUAAAGAAGAGACUGUUCCACAUAUCUUCUUAAGGUGUGAGAUUGCACAAACUCUUUGGACUUAUUUUUCUCAUGCUGCAGUUCUGAACAUUGUAGGAAUGCAACUGCAUCAAGUCAUUAUGACAUGGUGGACAAUAGAUAUUAUAUCAAGGAUGAAAGCAAUUUGUACUAUGCGAAGGCCUUCUAUCAUUAUUUGGCAGCUAUGGAAGAAAAGAAAUGGAGACAAACACAAGAACAAGGUAUCAAAUGCAAGGGUGCUAUAUCAAGCAUCAGCUGACAUUCAGAAGUUAGUGAAAAUUAGGAAACCUGGCAUUAAGAAUGUGCCACUUAAGUGGCCAGAUAUUCUCAGAAUUUUGGAGCAAUUUAAGCCAAAACUUCAGGUCACUCAGGUUUGGGGAAAUCCUGGUAGAAGUAGCUAUGCUUUUUGUGUUAGAGAUAGUCUAGGUGACUUGGUGUAUGCUAGAGCAAAGGAAAUAGGAGAGGCUACUAACACAGAAUCUGAAGCCAUAGCACUGUUGGAAGCUGCUAAAUUCUAUCUUUCCAAGCAUAUGUAUUCCUUUAUAUUGGAAACAGACUCAAUGAUGAUGAAGAAGAUAGUGGAUAGGGAAUGGAGGCCACCAUGGAACAUUGCAUAUGUGGUAGAAGAAUUGCUUGAGAUUAUAGACAAUGCUGAAGUUGAAGUUCUGCAUAUAAUGAGGGAAGGCAAUCAGCUUGCAGAUCAUCUAGACAAUGUUGCUCUUGAUUUUGGUGAGGUGACAGCUAAUGGAUUUGCAGAACUUGACACAAAAGGGAGGAAGAUUCUUAAUAGUGAUAAGUUGAUAUGCCCCUACUUAAGGAUCAGAACAAAAAGGAGGUUACAAGUUCACUUGGAGGCUGCAUUUAUGGGACAUGGAAAUGAUAUUGAGACAGUCAAAUUGUUGCACCUCAAAAGCAAAGUUAUUCAAACAAGUGUAGGUCAUCAACAAUUAUCAGGUUUUUAUGUAGUGGUAUUAGCACCUUGUGCUCAAUCUGCAGAGAAUUUGUUAAUAUAUGGAUCUUGUAGUGAUAAGUAUAAGAGAGACACAUCAUUCAGGAACACAAAGUUAGAGCUGGAAAGACUGAUGGGACACUAUAUAAUUGUGUAA